CGUGCUGUCUGUUGAAAUAAGGAAGAGAAGAGAACAAGGCAACUCAGCAGUGGAGGGAAAGAGAGAGAGACCGAACAACCGUCUUCUUUGCACAGCUUGCCUCCAAAUUCGCUGCAAUUUACUUAUUCGUCUUCAAUAGACAACUGGAACCAUCGCCCAUACAUUUUGCUUAAAAGGAAAAUUCUACUUGUAUUCGUGUUGUUGGAACUGCCAUUCGAACCUAUAGCAUGUACUUUAGCCGCUAGCUAGCUAACGACGCUGUCUCACUGUCUGUCCAUUGACACAUCGAGGUGAAAACUUUGGUUUACAGUUUUUAAGCUAGUCUAAUUGAUUCAUUCGGCAUAGUUAUCAAUCUAACUACUUGGAGUUUAAUGUUUUUAUGCACAUUACAUUUGUCUGCCGUUAAGAAUUAAUUUAGACUAUUUAUAAGCUGACUUCCUACAGUGUUGAGUAACGUUAGAUUGAAAGAAACGAAGCUCUGUUCUGAUUUCCAGUUUGGACUCGUUGACGGGGCGUUGCUGUGUCUUCGGGAAAACAUCGCAUCGGGAACGACGUUUGCCAGCUUGCAACCAAUCAAACUAGAACGACUAACAUUAGCAUCCUGCACGAGCUAGUAUCAAAAACACGUUUUCAAACUUUGCAAGUUAGCUAAGUUAGCUUGCAAACUAAAUUAACUAAAGAAAAUGGCCAAUAGCAUCGAGGCAGUGAAGCGAAAAAUUAAAGUUUUGCAGCAACAGGCGGAUGAAGCCGAGGAAAGAGCCGAAAUCUUGCAGAGACAGGUUGAAGAGGAGAAGCGGUCAAGGGAACAGGCUGAGGCUGAGGUGGCCUCUCUGAACAGGCGUAUCCAGCUGGUUGAGGAGGAGUUGGACAGGGCCCAGGAGAGACUGGCCACUGCUCUGCAGAAACUGGAGGAGGCAGAGAAAGCUGCAGAUGAGAGUGAGAGGGGUAUGAAGGUGAUUGAGAACAGGGCCUCCAAGGAUGAGGAGAAGAUGGAGAUGCAGGAGAUCCAGCUGAAGGAGGCCAAGCACAUCGCUGAGGAGGCCGACCGCAAGUAUGAGGAGGUGGCUCGUAAGCUGGUGAUCAUUGAGGGUGAUCUGGAGCGUACAGAGGAGAGGGCGGAGCUGGCCGAGGGCAACGCCCGGAGGUUGGAGGAGCAGCUGAGGGGUUUCGACCAAUCACUGAAGAGCCUGCAGGCCUCUGAGGACAAGUACUCCCAGAAAGAGGACAAGUAUGAGGAGGAGAUCAAGAUCCUGACUGACAAACUCAAAGAGGCUGAAACCCGUGCUGAGUUUGCUGAGAGAUCAGUGGCCAAACUGGAAAAGACCAUUGAUGACCUGGAAGAUGAGCUCUAUGCACAGAAAUUGAAGUACAAAGCCAUUAGUGAGGAGUUGGACCAUGCCCUCAAUGACAUGACCUCCAUAUGCGCUAGCCAACGCCAAGGAGGAGAAUGUCAACAUCCACGCCACCCUGGACAAGACCCUGGAGGACCUCAACAGCUUCUGAGUGGCUACUGGAGCUGCGGCCUGGCCCCUCCUCCUCUUCUCCACCACCUCUUAUCGCUCCACCCCCUCACCUCUGGUCCUGUCUCUCUGUCUGUGCUGGCUGACUGUUUAGCAGGGGGGUGGGGGGGCUGUUCAUUCUUUUUGGUGAAGGUAGCACUUUCUUCAGUCCACACCUAGCCAAACAUGUUUCCCCAGUAGACCAAAAUGGCUGACCGCCUCUCCCACAUUCCACCCCAGUAUCUGCGGAUGCUCUCCUGAUGAGCAUCCCCUUUUUUGUAGCCUCUCUUCAUAGCAGUCUUUAAGUCUCAAAACGGCAACAUUUACUCAAGCACCCACAUCUUAAGUGUUAAUCACAGGUUUCUAAUUUGACACAUUCCAGCUUAGGCGUGUGAUUUACGUGUUUUGAGGCGACUCCUAUUAUCUUUCUUUGGCUGCUAGCUAUUUAGCCGUAAGCGUUUAAAUACUUUGAGGCUUUUCUCUCCUGUUCUGAUAACAACCCUUGUUACGGGGAUAUUUGGUGUCCACUGGGACACAUAGGAAGGUGGCGAGGGUAACAACUCUUACCAACUUAUGACUCCCUUUGGAAUGGGACCACCAUUUUGAUCAUUAACUCUCCUUCUGUUAUCCCCCAUCUGAACCACUUGCCCUACCAACAUAUCGCCUCAAACCCUUGUCCCGCUCUAACCACUCACCCUCUGCUGGAAUAUCCCUACACAAGCACUGCUUUUCUACUGUGCCAAUGCCCAGAGGGUCCACAACUGUGCUACCUUUUGUCAAAUAUUUUGUGUUCAUUUACAAGUAUGGGCUGGGGGUGACAUGUUUAUUUCUUAUAAGGGAGAAGUGUUUUGUUUAGUUGCAUGGCAUUUGUAUUUUGUUUUGUUUUAUAUGGAGCCAUUUUCCAAAAAGGGCCAUUAUCACAAGUUACUGUAAACUGAACGGUUUGUUUUGCAGUUAUCUUCCCACUUAAAGAUCAGGAAAUUGAAUUGUGAAUGAGUCGUAGUUCAUUGAAGGGAUAUAAGUGUCGUAUAGCUUCAGACAGAAUUGGACGCAGAUAUUCUAGCCAAUUGCAGCCUUAGUCCUCUAAGCUAAUUGUUAAUUUUCCCGAUAAGAUGUAGGGGAGGGGAGUGAUCAGCCAAUCACUACGCAUUCCACUGCCAAAAUGGAAGCAUAGGGACAAUGAAGAGGGAUAGGGAGAAGGGACACAAGGGUAUUAAACCUCUUAUCAAUAUAGAUUAUUAAACUAUUUUUUUCUGCAAAUUAAGUGAACUGCAAACCUUAUAAAAUUAAUAAAGAAAUAAAAAGUAAAGUAUUGCAUCAAGUUUAACUGGAACUUUUCACUCGACGCUAAGGGUGUAAACAUUGUGUUACCAGUAAUGUUUUCAUUGUAAUAAUCAUGACACAAAAAUAAAGGACCAUGAUUCGUA